GAACCCGGCCGCUGACACACUCCCGCCAAUUCCGACCGAGGAGCGCGAGACGGCCAGCGGGGAACAGGGGUGCGUGCGGGAGAUGUGGAAACCUAGGAAGAGUUUGUCGCUGAAAAUGAAAUUGGACUAGAACACAAUUAAAGUAUAGAGAUAAACUUCUAUCUUCCGCACCGGGUGACAGCUGUCACUCCAGCGAACCGUCGCGGUAGUUUGCGGCUGUUUCUCUACGGAGGAGGAGGAGGAAGAGGACGAUGCUCGCGGCGGGGACCCAGACGAACGCGGGAAUGGCGGCGGCGACCCCCCGGAGGAAGGGUAUGGAUUCUAAAACAAAAAAAAAACCGGCCAACAUGAAGCUGGUUCAAGCCCGUCUGCCCUUCAAACGCCUGAAUCCUGAGCCCAAGGACUCCCAAGAGUCCAAACGGCCCCGCGUGCCUCUCUGCACGGAGCCAGCGGCCUCCGAUGGAGAGAACGAGGCGGAGACCUCCCCAGGCUCCGUCCACAACGGACCCGCCUUGGUCAACGGCCGCGGUCCUCUUGACGGCUUCUUCAGCCGAGGUAGCGGCUCCACGGAGAACAUGUGUAUAGAUCUAACCGCCGAAGAGUCUCCGGUCAAGCAGCCCUCUAAUCCUGCUGCCUGCGUUGCCGCAGAGGUGAAGCAGCCCCACACGGACAAACCGGUUCUCAACGGAGACUCCGGCAGCAGCAGCAACGUUCCGUGUAAAAAAGGGACUCCGGACUGCAAGGUGGUCAGCGAGGCCGAAGAUGAAAGUGAAGCAGAAGAGGAGAGCGAAGCGGAAGAGGAGAGCGACGCGGAGUCCGUCACGCGGCUGGACACGACGCAGGACUCUGAGAGCGAGGCAGAGGAGCAGGACGAGUCGAUGAAGAAUGAGUCCAUUUUGUCCGUCUCCUCCGUCAGCUCUAACUCUGCGGCUGAGAGUUCUCCCGAGCAGGCCAAGAACAAGAGCCUCAAUACUGAUCCGAACACAACCCCCAAGGUGCCAGAGGAUGAGAAGAAGGUGAAACGGCGCUCCUUGAAGAGCUUACAGGAGCAGGACGAGCGGCUCCAGCUGAGGCAGGAGAAGGAGCGGCAGAAGGAGGAGGCCAAAUCGGCCAAGGAGAAGAAAAAGGAGGAAGCCCGAAAACUCAAAGAGGAGCGGGAAAAGGAGAGAAGGGAUAAAAAGGAAAAAGACGAACGUGAGAAACGUGACAAAAAAGAAAAGGAGGAGAAGGAGAAAGCAGAACGGCUGAAGGCCAAGGAGGACCAGCGCAAAUCAAAACAAGAGGCUAAACUUGAAGAAAAGCGCAAGAAAGACGAGGAUAAACGUUUGAAGGAGGAGGAGAAAAAGAUGAAAGAAGAGAAAGACCGUCUUAAAGCCAAGAAUGCAGCAAUAACCAGGUACCUGCAGAAGCCCAAGACCCAGCUGGCUCCUAAGACACUCUCGGCGGCGUGUGGGAAGUUUGCUCCGUUUGAGAUCAAGGAGCACAUGGGCCUGGCCCCGCUCUGCCGCGUCCAGUGUGGGGACGAGGUUCUGGAGGAGCUGGACCGCUGCCUGGAGACGCCGUCCAGAGACACCAACGUACUGAAGGAGUGGACCCAGAAGAAGCCCCGCAGGUCGGGUCCGACCAAGCCCCGGCAGAGGAACACCCUCAGUGACGUGGUCAUGGAGGAAGGGCCUCGGCCCGACGGCGUGCCCGACCGUAAGCGCUGUGGCGCCAUGAAGCUGCUGCAGUUCCACCUGAACCACCGGCCGGCGUACUGGGGCACCUGGAGCAAGAGGAGCGCCACCAUCACCCCCCGCUGCCCCCUCCGCCUGGACAAGGACCUGCUGGACUACGAGGUGGACAGCGAUGACGAGUGGGAGGAGGAGGAGCCUGGAGAGUCGCUGUCGCACAGUGAAGGAGAGGAUGAAGAGGAGGGAGGAGAGGCGGAGGGGGGGGAUAAUGACGACGACGAAGACGACGAUGGCUUCUUCGUACCCCACGGUUAUCUGUCCAAUGAUGAGGGCGCGUUGGAGGAAGAGGAGGGCGGCGACAUGGAGAAGCAGAAGGUGCGCCAGAGGCUCAAAGCCCGGGAGUGGGACGAGCUGAUGUCGUCCAAGAAGAAGGUGAAGCAGCUGGAGGCGGUGGUCAGGGGCUGCGUGUGGGACGGGGAGACGGACCGGCGGAGCCUGGAGCUGCUCCAGCCCUACGCCGUGUGUCUGAUCCAGGCCCUGCCCAAGGCCGACACCAGCCCCAGCCCAGAGGACCUGACCAAGAAGAGCCAGAGAGCUGAGCAACUACUGGAACAGCUGCUCCCCCUGCUGCACGGCAACGUCAACAGCAACAAGGUCAUCAUCACAGAGUUCCAGGAGCUCUGCCGCCAGCAGAGCCUGGCCGCGUCCCCCCCGCCCGCCGUGGGCAGCCCCCCCAGCCCGGCGGACAACGUCCCGACCAGGAUCUGCGUGAAGCGCAUCAUCAAGAACAACGCCGUGUACAAGAAGGGCGCCACCUACCGGCGCUGCUGCUGGUACGUCCACGGGGAGGUGCUGUCCCGCUUCGGCCGGGACGCCCUGCCCGUGCCCUGCCAGUGGACCUACCUCACGGCCGGAGCCCGGGAGGACCCCCGCGAGGAGGCCCCGCCCCCGGCCGCCACCGGGUCCCAGGGGAACUCCCCCGGGACGCCCCAGUCCUCGUCCACCUCCUCCACCCCCUCCUCCCACAAGAGGCGGAGCACGGGCAGCAUGUCCAUCAAGAGGUUCAUGAAGAAGUGUGCGGAUGUCGAACAGACGGAGCCCAUGGAGACGGACGGCUUCCAGGCCGACACGGAGGAGGAUGCAGAGGACGACUGUGUCAUCAUCGCGACACAGACCGAUUCAUCCAAAGAGACCGCCUCACGGACUAGCACGGAGACGGACUGCCCCGGCACGAUGGCCGUCUCCCCAUCAGACGCCCCCGCACGGCCCGGCCCGGCCCCGACGGUGGCUACUGCCUGAGGGCCGACCCUGGACCUCGCUGUCGCCUCUAGGACCCCCUCUCCAUACCACUGCCCCCCCCCCCCCAUUUCACUCUUUCUCCUCUCAGCCCUGGGUGUGUCUCCGUCGCUCCUCACACGGACCCAGGAUGGGGUAACCCACCGCGCUAGAGAGAGACUUGUGGACGACACUGGACCCUGAGACCGCCAGGCUUUCGGAGCCGUGGAGGGUCGUAACGGAAGACGAACCAAGGCCUCGACGGGCCAGCGUCCGGUCAGCUCCCGUCCCGUGUCCUGCACGGCACAGCGACGUCACGGCCGUCCUGUCAUCAGAGCGUCUUCACCUGUGGUUAGUUCACCACUGCAACUGGACAACACCAACGCAACACUUCCCUCCAGGGUUUAGACCGAGGAGAGCGUACCGUGCCCCGGGCCGGCCUCGUUGUUCUUCCCGUUUCACCCGCGGUAAAGUCGUGACGGCAUUAUGGGACUCGAGCCCUGCUGUCAGUCUCCUUGUACAUAGUCCAGUUCAGAGAGAAUCUAGCGCUCCAGCCCAGCCCCGUGUUGUUGACCAGCAGCCCUUAACCUCACAGACCCCCACACUAACAAGCGGGGGGGGGGGCGGUCUGUCGCUGUUGGCUGCGUCCCAGGUGGGGCCCGCUAGGCCACGUCAUUUUAUAAAUGUGGAUUUUUUUUCUUUUCAAGAAUACCGUACUUGAACAUUUUGAAUUCAUUAAAAUAAUAUUAAAUGUAUUGCACUUUUAUACUCGUUUUUCACUUGUUUUUUUUUUGGUUGUGCUGGCAUGGAUAGUCUCCCCCGUUGUUCCCCUGGUGUCUUUAUAGAGGUUUCUCUCUAGAUUAAAAUAUAGACUUGUGGGUGUGUUGUCAAAGAAAGCACACUCAGAAUCAUAGCCUUCAGGAACAGUGCAGUAAAAUAUUUAAUCUUUACAAGCAGGUUAUAAAGAAAUGAACAGCUCUGUAUUUCUGCUAACCCUGAAGACAAGCCCAUUAAACCAUUGACUUCUCCCUCACGAAGCCUACAGGCUAGACAAGACGGUGGAAGAGUUAUAUUGAAGCAUCGGGAGCUCAUUUAUAGUUGUGUGCAGGAAAUAAUUACAGCCAAAUCUGCAUGAAAUGAGUCCCAAGUUGUAUGAACUAAUGGUAGUUUGGUGGAAACGAAGAACUGAUUCAAUGCAUCCGGGUCGAUUUCUGACAUUGUUUUCCCAUUGCCGAGACGUACAUAAAGCUUAUCCAUACACUAUCAAGUCAUCCGAUCUGAACACUUUAUGCUUGAAUUCGUUGCAAACACAAGACCAGUCUGCACAGCCACUGACAACAACCACAUGCUGAGUUUUAACAGACACAACAUGUAAUCCACGUGACUAAUAGUGUGCAACGGGUAAAUGCUUCCAUACAACAGUAGCCGGAAGCCUAAAUAAGCAGUCACCAUCAUAAGUGACCUUAGCUUCCACAAUAUAUUUUUAAAAGGUAGAUCCUGGUUGCUCUGUGCAAUAGUACUAAAUCCUUCACAAAAACAGUACUUCAAAUGAGCUUAAUGAUUACUUGGUUUAUACCUGCUUCGGACAAAAGUUAAGUCACACCCACUGGGGCUUAUAAUAUUGAAAUCAAUAUUUUUCUAUUAGUGUUUGCUAGCAGUGCAAGUUAGACAGCUUUACUUGGGAUUUUUCAAUUUGACACAAUUCACUAGGGCCACUACAAACGACCAGACCGUGAGACUAUCUUGUUAGCACGUUAAAUACAAUAGGUUAACCAUACGUUGCAUUAGAUAUCCCCCCCUCAUCUCAAGACUCUUCCGGUGUGCCGUCGCUAACCUUUACCGUAACAUAGGAUACUUCAGUCAAGUAAAACAAAUGCGGAGCCAAAAUGUGUGACUUGGAUUAACUGCUGGACCAAUGGAAGAAGCCCCGUGGCCAACACCGCCUCGACCGCUUUUGGCUGCUGCUCAGGUCUAAAACGAGGG